AUGAAAAAAAUAAGCGUAAGCAGUUAUUUAAAGAGUACAAAAUUGUAUAAUUCUCAUGUAAAGAUAACAGAAACGAUAGUAGGCAAAAUAUCAUGCUUAUGUAAAUACUACAAUGGGUAUAAUAGGAGAGAAAAUAAUAACUUAAAUUUAUUGCAUGACGAUAUAAUUUAUGAUGUAUCAGGAAAAGGAAGAUCAAAAGUUAGUAAUAAAAACAGUAAAGAUGAUAAAUUAAUUUUAAAAAAUAAAGUUAUAAAUUUAAUUAAUGGUGUAAAAAAUGUAGACGAUAAAAAUGAAAAUAUCAAAAAUAAUAAAUUAGUUUGUCAAAAUUUUAUUGAUAUAAUUUUUAUAUUACAAAAAAAUCUAAAUAUUUUAUUUGGUCUAAAGGAAAAAUAUGUUAUUGGUUUUAUUUGGUCUUUUUCUAAAAUUAUAAAUUAUUUUGAAAAAACAAAAAAUAUAGAAAAAAAUAUCAUUUUUAAUUUUAAAUAUUUAUUUAUUCAUAUAGUUAAUACAAUUAUAAAGCAUGACAAUAUAUUAUCUAAAAAAAAUAAUGAUAUAGAUAUAAGACAAUUCCUUUUUUCAAUUUUAUCCAUAAAAUUUGAUUACACUAAUAUUAAAGAUAUACAAAAUUUGAAGUUGCUUAAUUCUAAUCAGUUUUAUAAUUAUAUUCUUAAUAACGUAAGUUUAAAUUAUGGGAAUAAAUCAGGACAAAAUCAAAUAUAUGUUAAUGAUUCUAUCCCAUUUAAAUUGUUACAAAAUGAGAAAAAAAAUAAUAUAUCGAUAGAAAAUUAUAUUCAACACUCCACUAAUAAAUAUAUCAAAAAAAAUAUAAAUUUGUCUAUUAAAAAUCAAAAGAAAUAUAAUCAUCCAAAUAUGACACAAGAUUCUACACCCAAUGAUCUACUUUACAUUUUUGAAUGUAAUAUGUUCAAAAACAAUUUUAUAAAUGUACAAAAAUUUAUAAUAAACAAAUUAAAUGAAAUACCUUUAGAUAUUAAAAUAAUUAUAAAUUUUUUUGAAUUAUCCCAAAAAAAUAUGUGUGUAGAAAUAAAAAAUUCAUUUAAUCAUAUACUAUUAAAUAAAUUUAAAGAAAAAAAUUAUAUUUCAAAAUUUUCUAUUUUUGAAUUAUGUAGAUAUAUAAAUAUAUUAGUAAAUUAUAAUGUUCAAAUUUUUAAUAAUAAUGUUAUACCCUCUAUAAUUAGUACAAUUAUGUAUGAUCAAAUAUAUUUUGUAAAUAACCAAGUGUGUAACUAUAACUUAAUAUUGUUAGGUAAUGACAUUUUAUUAAAUGAUAACAAUUCUAUAAACCAUAAAAUGAUAAAUAAAAAAUAUGAGCAUUUAUCUGAUACUAAUUCAAAUAAUUAUUCAAAAUGGAAUACAUGGCUUUAUGAUGGAACAAAAAGAGACAUAUCUUCCUUAAUUCGAGAUUUUUCAAGAAUGAAAAUUAUUAACAAAAAUUUAUAUUACAUUUUAAUAGAAUGUUUUUUUUUUAAAAUAAAUUAUACUAAAAAUAUCGAUACAAAUAUAGGUUCAUAUAUGGCUGAACAAAUAGAUACACACAAUAAGACCAAACAAAAUUGUAUAAACAACUUAAGCGAUAAAAAGGGUAGCCAUAUUACAUAUUCCCAUUUGAACGAAAAAAAUAAUAAUGUCAAUAAUAAUGCCAAUAAUAAUGCCAAUAAUAAUGCCAAUAAUAAUGCCAAUAAUAAUGCCAAUAAUAAUGCCAAUAAUAAUGCCAAUAAUAAUGCCAAUAAUAAUGCCAAUAAUAAUUCCAAUAAUAAUGCCAAUAAUAAUGCCAAUAAUAAUGCCAAUAAUAAUGCUAGUAAAAAAAAAAACGAUAAUUUUUAUCAUACAGAGGAUUGUAACCAUAAAAAUGGAGAGAAAUAUAAAAUGAGCACAUUCGAAGAAAAUGAAAGAAACGAUAAUCUAUUUAUCUCAAAUUUUAAAAAAGAAAAAGGAAACAAAAAAAUAUAUGUUCCCAAUUUAAAUGAUUCAAAUGACAGAAAAAAAAAAAUAUUUUAUUCACCAAAUAUAUGCACAUUUAAUAUAAAUCAUGAUAUGAGAAAUGUUGUUGAUAUUUUAAUAAGUUUAGCAAAUGUUAAUUAUUAUUAUGAUAAAUUUAUUAACUUUUUUAUAUAUGAAAUUAUUAAAAAUGAAAAAAAUAAUUUAUUUUUUUUUAAUACAAAAAAUAUGUCAAAUGUCAUUUUGGUUGUUAGAAGUUUACUUAUUUUAGGUUAUAAUGAUUUAUCUAUUUUUGAUAAUUUACUUAAUUUUAUUAUUGAAAAUAAUAAAUGUAUCGAAAUUAAGCAAAUAAUUAUGAUUUAUUAUUCUAUUUAUUGUUAUAUUGUUAAAGCACAUGAAAAAAGAGGAAUAAAAUAUUAUGGAAAUGACAACUUUUUGUUCUAUACUUUUAGUUCCGAUUCUUCAAAAAAAAAUAAUUUAUAUAAUGAUAAAUUUGAUGAUUUUAUGAAGGAAGAAAAUGUAGAAUCGCAAUAUAGUGAAUACAAUGAACCCAAUAUUACUAACAUAACCAAUGCAUCUAAUAAAGUAAUUGAAUCUUCUGUAGAAUUAUCUAUUUUAAAAAAAAAAUGCUUCAAUUAUUUAUAUAAAUUUACAGAUAUAAUAUUUUCAAGAAAAGAAGAAAUCGAUUCAAUGCAAGGUUUAUCUAAUUUUUUAUUUGCUCUUUCUAACAGUAUAAACAAUAUAUCAAAAAAGGAUUAUGACUAUUUUUAUAAAAAAUUUUGGUCUAUAUUUAAAUUAAAAGACCAACAAUAUAUACAUUUAGAAACAAUUCUUCAAAUAUUUUUGUCUCAUUAUAGAAAUAAUAUAUUUCAUCAAAAUCUAAUGCUCUAUUUAUUGAAUGUGUUAAUUUCUUCCACCAAUGUUGAUAUUCACAACUUGAGCACUAUCCUAUAUAUAUCUUACCAUUUUAACAUUAUAAACAAAUCACUAUUUGAUUUCACUAUACAUAAAUUAUUUAAAGAAAUAAAAUCGAUUGAGCAAAUGAAAACUGUAAAUCUAGAAAAUAUUAACAAUUGGGGGGCCAUUGAUAUGGUACAAACUACUACUCAACAUAAUCUCGAUACCACUCCGAAGAUUGGAAAUAAUGUAAGCAGUGUAUGUAGUAAUAAUGUAAGCAGUGUAUGUAGUAAUAAUGUAAGCAGCGUAUGUAGUAAUAAUGUAAGCAGCGGAGAUAGUAGUGAUGGUAAAGGUGCGGGGCCAGACCAAGCCAAUCCUGGGACACAAACUUAUAACAACCUCGAAUCAUGCCUUAUAGAAGACUGGCAAUUCAGAAAUACACCUAAUAAUCUUUCAAAUGAAUGCAAUAAAGAAGAUUUGGAGAAAACGAUACUAAAAUGCGUUUGGUCAUUAUCAUUAUGUAAUUGGUUUCUUGAAAGCCAUUUAAUUACGUUUUUAAAAAUGUGCAUAUUAUUAAAAAAAAUAUUUAAAUAUAAAAAAUUUUUAAAAGACGAAGAAUAUAAUAUGAUAUACCAAAUAUCGCUUAGUCUAAAUUUGUAUUAUAAAAAAAAUAAACAUAUUUUUGUUUUAAAUAAAAUAACUACUAAUAUACCUAUUACAUUUUUUAUACCAUUUAAUAUAAUAAAAGAAUCUAUAAGGCGAAAAUUUGCAUUGGGAAGCAAACAAACUAAUAUAUCCAGUUUUCAAUAUAAAAUUUCUAGCUAUUUUAAUAAAAAAAAAAUUAUGCACAAAUCAGAAUAUUCAUUGAAACAUGGUUUAAUUGUAGAUUUUUUAGUUUUCAAAAAUGGUAAUCCAUAUUUAUUAAUAGAGAUCGAUGGUAUAUAUCAUUACAACAUUUCAAACGACCCUAGCAAAUAUGAAAUUAUAUAUAAUGAUAUGCCAUUAUUAAAAAAUGGAAAAACAAUAUUUCGAAAUAAUGUACUAAAUAUUUUGUAUAAUUAUAAAUUUGUAGAAAUACCGUGGUUUUCCCUUUUACAGUCUAGAUCAAUUAAAAAGUUGGAAAAGUAUAUUCAAUAA